AUGUUUUUAGGUAAUGAAGGAAAGCCAUUGGUUCUGAGGAGUCACCUUGCUAUGGUGUCUUUCAACAAUAUAACACGGCUAGUUUUUGGGAAGCGGUUCAUGAAUGCAAAUGGCGACAUUAACGAAGAAGGGCAUGAGUUCAAGAGUAUUGUCAACAACGGGAUAAAAAUAGGUGCAUCUCUCUCUAUUGCUGAAUAUGUUUGGUACUUGAGAUGGCUGUUUCCACUUAAUGAGGAGCUUUACAAGACCCACAAUGAGAGAAGGGAUCACCUGACCAAGAAGAUCAUAGAAGAGCAUGCGAAGGCCCUCGAGGAGAGUGGUAGCAAGAAUCAUUUCGUGGAUGCACUGUUGACUCUCAGAGAACAGUAUGACCUUAGUGAUGACACAGUUUUCGGACUUCUAUGGGACAUCAUCACUACUGGAAUGGAUACAACAGUCAUAUCAGUCGAGUGGGCAAUGGCAGAGCUGGUCAGGUAUCCCAGGGUGCAGAAGAAGCUGCAAGAGGAGUUGGACAGUGUCAUCGGCCGUGACCGCGUCAUGUCCGAGGAAGACUUCCAAAAACUGCCCUACUUGCUAGCCCUCGUCAAGGUCGGCGGCUACAACAUCCCAAAGGGCGCCGAUGUCACGGUGAAUGUGUGGGCGAUCGCUCGCAACCCCGAUGAGUGGAGAAACCCGCUGGAGUACAGGCCAGAGCGUUUCCUCGAGGAGAGCAUUGACAUCAAGGGUGGUGACUUCAGGGUGCUCCCCUUCGGCGCGGGCCGGAGGGUGUGUCCUGGCGCGCAGCUGGGAAUCAACCUCGUGGCCUCCAUGAUCGGGCACCUUCUGCACCAUUUCGAGUGGUCUCUGCCAGAAGGUACCAUGCCGGAGGAUGUUGACAUGAUGGAGUCCCCUGGAAUUGUCAUGUUCAUGAGCACGCCGCUGCAGGCUGUCGCCAAGCCGCGCCUGGACAAGGAGGAGUUGUACAACAGGGUCCCGGUUGAGAUGUGA